GUAUAUAUGUUGUUUUCAGCUGCUAAUUAUUAGUACUAUUUUUGGAUAUAGAGAGAUCGCUCAUGGUGAGUUAUCCGAUUUCCUUUGAGUUUGAGAAGCCAUUUCUGAAGAAAGGAACAUGGACACCUGAAGAAGAUAACAAGUUGUUAGCUUAUAUAAGGAGAUAUGGCAUUUGGAAUUGGAAUGAAAUGCCAAAAUAUGCUGGCCUUUCUAGGACAGGAAAGAGUUGCAGGCUUCGUUGGAUGAAUUACCUUAGGCCGGGCAUAAAACAUGGGAACUUCACCAAGGAAGAAGAAGAAACCAUACUCAAGUUGCAGAAGACCAUUUGGGCUGCAAUUGCGAAAAGAAUGCCACAUCGAACAGACAAUGAAAUCAAAAACUACUGGAACACGCACUUGAAGAAACUGGCGAUGGAGAAUUCAUCAACUGCUGCUGCUGCCGAUGAUGAUGGUGGUGGUGGUGAUGAUGAUGAAGCCAAGCAAAAUAACUCUCUUGAACAUACUUCAUCUUCCGACAACGUACUCUAUUUAUCACUUGAGGAUACUCUAUCCUCUGAUAAUGUGUUGCACCCACCAACAACGUCACUGAAAGACUUGCCUGCUGGACAAAUUGAUUCUGCAGUUCAUGACGAAACUUACAUCAAUAUCAAAGCGGAAAAUGCAGGUUUAUUUGAUCAAAUAUGUGGGGAACUCCAAGAUUUGUUGGAGCAGCCAAUGUCGGAAGUAGUAGAUCAUUUCUCAGACUUUAUUAAUCAAUGAAAAUUUCAUUACGGAAACUUCUCAAUUGUGGGGUCUAUGAGUCCACAUUCUUGUGUUAUUCCUACUGUUCCCCGUUGAUGAUCUUUUGGAUAAGUUCAUCAAUUUAGGAUAAGACUAAAAGAAGUACUGACGCCAAUCCCAUGUAUAUUUUAUUAUUUUGCUUUUAAAUGCUAAGAGUCCCUGCUUUAUAUAUAAUAUAUCUUUCAUUGCCUU